CGUUUUCUUACUUUUUUCCACCUCCGAAUUGGCGAAAAUGAUUUACUGGAAACACAAAAACUGCGCGAUUACGUAACCAUGUCUUUUCAAAUUGCUAAAUUCUAUAGUUUUGCAAAUAGUCGAUGACAAGAAAUUGUCCAUGGCUAUCUACGUUGUGUUUAUAGUAUUAUGCCUUAAAAGCGCGACAUUCUAAUUGAAUUAGCGUCAACAAUGCCUACGUGAAAUCAGUUCUCGAAUGGACUUGGAACUUGUUUUUAAAAAUCAUAAUAUUUUGAAUGUAUUUUUUUGGAAACUCCGGAAGCGUAUUGAGUGGCUAAUAUGUUUAAUAAUGAUGGGAAUUUCCAGACGUUAAUUCGCUAUCGUGAUGUUGCUAAUGCGUUCAAUCGAAAUUUUACUUCACGUGUCUGCGCGUUAUCCCAGUUUGCGAAGGUUUAAACAACCUAAUUUUAUCGUUAUCUCAACGUUCAGAAUUGUCCGAUCGAUUGAGUAGUGGUGAGAGUUCGAGGCGCGAAACAUUAUUAUCUAUCGUAUAAAACGGACAAGCAGAUGCUUAUUCGCCGCGAAGCCUGUCAACGAGGAGGAUGGGUUCCACGCUGGUUAAUAAAACGAUUUAUCCGAGUAAACAAAAUUCCAAUUCUGUACCGGAGAGCUGUUCGCCAAAAUUGAUCAACACAGAAAUCGAUCGAAAUCGCAAAUCCAAGACCGAUGUUUUUACGGCGCAAAAUCGUCCUUUGGAUUCUACAACGCUCCUAUUUCCAUUCUGCGAGGAAAAUUUUUUAUUGGAAACGAUUAACAAAAUCAUAAAAAAACGUUGGCGGAUUAUUGGCCACACAACGAGAUAUGGAUGGUUAGCUGCAGCUGGCUCUUACAAGCCGACUGUUUCUCCUGAGGAUGCGAAGAUAUUAUUAGCGCUCAGCAAUCAGAUUGGGGUUGAAAAUUGUACCGAAGCAAUCGAGAGAAUUAAAAAUCUUGCGGAAAGUCUUCACCCUAGAGAUGUGCCGGCAGCGGCUAUCGCUGUCUUGACCGAAACUCACACCGCCCUGAUUUUAAGACAGCGAAGAGGGUUAAAAUCUUACGCCAAGCUUGUGCAGGACCGAUUCCCGACGAUUUUUACUAUUUCUGAUGUGUGUACAAUACAGCGGAUUGAUUUGAAUCAAUCGAUGUAGCGCUUCGUAAGUUUCAAUGAAAACUUCAUUUAAUG